AUGACGACGAGCGGGACGUCGACGUCGAGGUCGACGCGGCGACGACGCGGCGACGUCGCGGCGCGCGCGAGCAAGGGCAAGCGACGCGAGGGCGACGAUCGAGGCGCGAGGGACGCGUCGUCGACGCCGCCGCCGAGGAUCACGAAGCGGACGAACGGGAUGAGCGUCGCGACGCAAAUCAAGCUCGUGGAGCGGUUCAAGUCGCUGAGCGGCGGCGACGGAUCGAACGCGAACGCGAGGGCAAACGCGGGGCGAGGGACGAGCGGGACGAGCGCGAAACCGAUCGAGGGAGGGAGACGAAAAGGCGCGGAUGGAACGCGGGAUCGAACGUACGAGGCGGAGCUGGCGCGACGAAGGGCGGAGAAGAAACGCGAGGCGCGACUGCGAAGCGAGCUGGAACGAUUUAGCGGCGGCGGGGAGCCGCCGUUGUUGCUCGUGGAUGGGUAUAACGUGUGCGGAUUAGAGGGCGCGGAUGGGGUCGAGGAGGCGAAUGCGGCGUUUAGACGAGGGGACAUGGACGCGGCGCGAGUCGCGCUGACGAAGGAGGUGAUGGAUUUUAAGAGCUUUAGCGGGUACGCCGUGGCGUUGGUGUGGGACGCCGAUCGAAACCGGGAUAAAGACGAGGACGAGAUCGAGGGUGAUCUCGACGUCGAUGGAUUCAUGACGGUGUACAGCGUGAAGAACGACGCGGACUCGUGGAUAGAGGCGCGCGUCGCGCAAGAGAUUGGAGCCGAUAAAAAGUCCAAUCGAGUGGUGUACGUGGCGACUUCGGAUAACGCGUUGAGCUCGAUCGCGAGAGGGACGGGGGCGUACGUCGUCACCGCCAAAGCCUUCGUGGAGGAGCUUCGUAAGGCGAGUCAGGGAGAAAAAGAAAUACUCCAAGAGAUGGCCAUCGCAGCGCGAUGGAACAGUUCAAAAAAGAUGAGCAACGUCGGUGUGAGAGACGACGACGUCAAGCGCAAGCUCUUGGAAAUGUACAAAACGGCGCCAAACAUGGAAGCGCCCGCGAACGCCCCAAAGGGCGAUUUCAAGCGUCAUUCGGAGACGACAAAAAUGAAACAAGCCCCUAAAGCACCUAAAUGGGCCGAAAUGCGCACCGCGCAGCGUCGGCAAAACAAACCUUAG